AUGUCAAAUAAAAAGAACGAAGAUAUCGAGAUGAGGGGCGGCGAUGACUUUGGAGGGGAGAAGGAUCCCUUCCUCGGCCGGGCCUCGCCUGCCACCCUCCGUGUGCGCCAGGAGCCUGGCCUGCUCGACAAGUUGGAUCACAGCCCCGGCGCCUCCAUUCUCGCAUACUGCCUGGCGUCUAUCAGCAUGACAGUCGUGAACAAAUACGUUGUGUCUGGCUCAGAAUGGAACCUGAACUUUUUCUAUCUUGCUAUUCAGUCUGCCGUCUGCACAUUAGCGAUCCUGGCUUUCAAGCAAACCGGUAUUCUCAAGAACCUCGCUCCUUUCGACUCGACAAAGGCGAAGAAAUGGUUCCCUAUUUCUCUGCUCCUCGUCGGCAUGAUCUAUACCGGUGCCAAGGCCCUCCAGUUCCUCUCCGUUCCCGUCUACACCAUCUUCAAGAACUUGACCAUCAUUGUGAUCGCCUAUGGAGAGGUUCUUUGGUUCGGUGGCAGCGUCACCCCUAUCACCCUGUUGUCUUUCGGCUUGAUGGUCCUCAGUUCCGUCGUUGCUGCUUGGGCUGAUAUCCAGGCUGCCAUUGAUGGUGUGGGAAUCUCCCCCGACAAGCAGGAUGCUUUGUCGACCCUGAACGCCGGUUACGCGUGGAUGGGUAUCAACGUCAUCUGCACUUCUGCGUAUGUGCUUGGCAUGCGCAAGGUCAUCAAGAAGAUGAACUUCAAGGAUUAUGACAGUAAGUUUCUGGCGAGACUACGACGAUCGAAGUACAGUAGACUGACACCCAAUAGCCAUGUUCUACAACAACCUCCUUACCAUCCCCGUCUUGGUUGUCUUCUCCCUGCUACCAAGAACAAGCUCAUGAUUGGAAUGGUGUACUCCGGUUUGGCCGCCAUCUUCAUCUCGUACUGCUCGUCCUGGUGCAUUCGUAUCACCUCCUCGACAACCUACUCCAUGGUCGGUGCCCUCAACAAGCUCCCCAUCGCCGUCAGCGGUCUCAUUUUCUUCGAUGCUCCCGUCACCUUCGGCAGUGUUACUGCCAUCUUCCUGGGUUUCGUCAGUGGUCUUGUCUUUGCCUGGGCCAAGGUUCGCCAAAAGGCUCAGGAGGCUCUGUCCCUUCCUACCACCAACAUGAGCGCCAGCGCCAAGAGCAACAGGGACGCUGCCAACUCAUGA